UUUAAAUCAGUACAUUUAUCAUAGAAUGACAACUAAACUUCAAAAUCCUUUUUUUUCAGUUUUGAAGUAAAGAACUAAACAGACAGGCCAAUCAUAAUGAAGAUUGCAGUAGAAGGCUGUUGUCAUGGAGAGCUAGAUAACAUCUAUGAAACACUGCAGCUUCUUGAGCAGAAAAACAACAUCAAGGUUGACCUGUUGCUGAUAUGUGGGGACUUCCAAUCUGUCAGGAACAAGGCGGACAUGGAGUGUAUGGCUGUACCUUCCAAGUACAUGCAGAUGAACACAUUCUACAAGUACUAUUCAGGGGAGAAAGUUGCCCCUGUGUUGACUGUGUUUAUUGGGGGAAAUCAUGAGGCCUCUAACUACCUGCAGGAACUCCCUUAUGGAGGAUGGGUGGCUCCGAAAAUCUACUACAUGGGUUAUGCAAAUGUUGUGAAGUUUGGAGGAGUAAGGAUUGGUGGAAUGUCGGGAAUCUACAAGGGAAAGGACUUCAACAAAGGUCAUUUUGAACACCCCCCGUACACGGCUGAGACCAAGAGAACAGCCUAUCAUGUCAGAAAUCUGGAAGUCUUCAGACUCAAACAGAUAUCGCGCCCACUGGACAUAUUCCUAUCCCAUGACUGGCCUCAGGGAAUAUACAACUACGGUAACACGGCUAAACUCCUGAAGCGUAAGGCAUUCCUUAGAGAUGAGGUUGAGACAAAUACACUCGGAAACCCUGCAGCGUGGGACGUGUUAGUGAAACUACAACCCUCAUAUUGGUUCUCAGCCCAUCUCCAUGUGAAGUUUCCAGCUAUGGUGAAACAUGUGGCAACCCCUGAUGGGAAAGUCACCAAGUUCCUGUCACUGGACAAAUGUCUGCCCAGGAGACACUUCUUACAGGUGCUGGACAUCCCAAGUGACAGUUCCCUCCCCCUGAAACUUCAGCUGGACCCUGAGUGGCUGGCCAUUCUUAAACUGACCAAUGGCAUGCUGAGUCUCACAAGACAUAACUGCUUCCCUGGUGCGCUGCCUGGUGAAAGACAAAGCUUUACUCCUACCGAUGAUGAAAUGAAAAGCAUCUUGAAUGACUUUGGGGGUAACUUGACAAUUCCGGAAAACUUUUCACAGACAGUUCCAGUGUACGAUCCGAACAAAUCCAAACAGGCAAACAAGAUGCCCCAAGCUAAGGUUGAGAUAAACCCACAGACUACACUUUUAUGCAGUAUGUUGGAUCUAACUGAUCCUAAUGCUGUUUUUCUUGGCAAAGAUUCAACAUUUAAUCUGCCUAACGAAGAUGAAGGGGAUGCUAAUGUUGAGAAUGCAGACAGUGAUGAUGAAAAUGUUGAUGAGGAAGAGGAGUUGGAAAGUGAACCAAGCUUUAUUUCCCUCUCUGGAAGUGAAAGAAGCUUCAGUGAUAAAAGUUUCAGCUUUAUUUCUGCCGGAAAUGACAGCAUACUUUCAAUGGGGCAAGGGAAUGAUAGUAUAGUUUCUCUUGGAAAUGCUGAUGAGAUUGACAUUGAUAGUGAUGGGGAGGAGCACAAUAAGGAUGAGACUGAGAAAAUGGUUGAGCAUCUGAAUGUUAUAAAUAAACCACCGGAAAGAAGAUUGAGUUUAGCUGAAAAGUUGCAAAACUGUAAAUCAAGCUCUGAUGCCUUCAUGUCUUCUUCAGAUAAUUCUUCACAAGAUGAAGACAAGGUUGAUGAACAUGAAAUGGGAGAUUAUGCUGAAUGUUCAAAGAAAAAUGCAGCUGGGAAGAAGCUAAGUGUAGCUGAAAGAUUGAAAAAUAGUGUAGCAAGUUCUGAAGUUGGUGAUUGCUCAAAAGAUAUGGAAGAAACUGAUGAUGUUGAUGAUGAGUUUGCAGCUAUAAUGUCAGCUCAGAGAAAGCACAACUCCUCCAUGGAAAGUCUCAAGUCCCCUGGUAAGUCUGACACAGACCAGGAAAUUGUUGAUAUGAAUGCAAGUAAAAAUAGUUCCUCCAGUCUUGACUGUCAGACUCUUGAAAUAGCUGAUGAAGAUGAAGAGUUACAAGAAAUGCUUAAUGCACAAAAGUCAGUUCAGAAUGCUGGUCGGAAAGGUGUGAAACAAGUUAUGGAAGUUGCUGUUGACAAUGAUGAUGAUGAGUUAGAAAUGCAAGAAAUCAUUGCAGCACAAAAGAAAUCACAAGGGGAUAUUGAUAAAGUGCAAGACAUUCAGGAUGAGUUUGGUACUCCUAAAAUACACUCCAGUCCAGUUGUUAAAGAUGAUAGGCAUGUGAAAGGAGUUACUACUCUUGAGCAAAGUUUGGGUGAUAAAGCUUUGUCUAAAAGAGAUGAGAAAACCAGAACAGAAGGAUUCAGCCCAGCUGCUAAGAAAUUUAAAAGGAGAAACCAAGAUUUGUACAUAACUGAGAGUAGUGAUGAUGUGUAAUCAAGUUUAGAAUAAACUUUCACACAUGCUCUAUCAGUAGGAAUAUGGAUUAGCAUGUUAAGUAAUGAAUCAUUGCCAUAUUACUGUAUCAAAUAAAGAUCUGUCUAAUGUUUUA